AUGCACCGUCGCCACCUUGUGUCUGGUCUUCCCAGGUCCCUCCCUCCCCUCCCUGCCUCGCCUGCGCCGCCUUGCCUUCCUUGCAUCGAGGGGCGGCAGCGCGCCGCUCCUCACUCCUCCUCGUUCCCCCCGACAGAGGCUCCUCUGCAGACCCUCCACCUGGACGUGUGGGGCCCAGCCCGCGUUCGUGGUCAGGGCGGUGAGCGGUACUUUUUGCUGGUUGUCGACGACUACUCGCGUUACACCACGGUCUUCCCCUUGCGCACCAAGGGUGAGGUCCCUGCUGUUCUGAUCCCUUGGAUCCGCACAGUUCGUCUCCAGCUCCGCCGCCGUUUCCGGACGGAUCUUCCUGUCCUGCGUCUGCACUCUGACAGAGGUGGUGAGUUUUCCUCCGAUCUCUUGAGGACCUUCUGUCAGGCGGAGGGCAUCGAGCAGACCUUCACGCUUCCGGACUCCUCACAGCAGAAUGGGGUUGCUGAGCGCCGCAUUGGCCUGGUCAUGGAGGUCGCUCGUACCUCCUUGGUCCACGCGGCGGCUCCCCAUUUUCUGUGGCCGUUUGCUGUCCGGUACGCCGCGCAUCAGCUCAACCUCUGGCCCCGUGUCUCCUUGCCGGAGACCUCGCCCACACUGCGUUGGACGGGGGAGGUUGGCGAUGCGUCGCGCUUCCGGGUGUGGGGUGCUCGUGCCCUUGUCCGCGAUACGUCCGCGGACAAGCUCUCCUCCCGCACGCUUCCCUGUGUCUUCCUUGGCUUUGUCCCUGACGCGCCGGGCUGGCAGUUUUACCACCCCACCUCGCGCCGGGUCUUCGCCUCUCAGGACGUCACCUUUGACGAGUCGGUCCCUUUUUACCGUCUCUUCCCCUACCGCACUGCCCCCCUCCCUCCCCCGCCGCUUUUCCUUGCUCCUGGUCCCCCUCUGGUAGACCCCCUUCCCCCUUCCCCCUCCGCUUUUCCUGCUCCUUCAGGUGUCUCUCAGGUAGACCCUCCUCCCGUCGCUGAGCCUGUCGAGGUCACAGGUGACUCAGGUGCUGCUGCAGGUGGUACUGCUGGGAGUGCUGAGCCUGGGGGUGCUGAGCCUGCGGGUGCUGGGCCUGGGAGUGCUGGGACUGCGGGUGCUGGAGCUGGGGGUGCUGAGCCUGGGGGUGCUGCGACUGGGGGUGCUGAGCCUGCGUGUGCGGAGUCUGGGGGUGCUGAGCCUGGGGGUGCUGCUACUGAGCCUACGGAGCCUCGGGUUGCUGCGUCUGGGGGUGCUCCGGUUCGGGGUGCUGAGCAGUCUCUCACACCGCAGCAGCUUCGUGACUGGUACGUCCGGCGCUUUCGCUGCCCUAGUGGCUCGGCUGGAGUUGGGGGUGCUGGAGCUGCUCGUCCUGGAGGUGCUCGUCCUGGGGGUACUGGAGCUGCCGGGACUGGUUGUUCUGGGAGCACUACGACUGGAGCUGCUGGAGCUGGGGCCUCUGGAGCUGGUGGUGCUAGCGGAGUUGGAGCUGCCGACUCUGGGGGUGCUCUUCCUAGCGGUGCUGCGGACCCUGGGGGUGGCGCUGCUGCUGGUGCUGCGGACCCACCUGGUGGAGCUGCUGCUGGAGCUGGGGACCCGAGCGGUGGCGCUGCUGCUGGUGCUGGGGACUCGGACGCUGGGGCUCCUGCUGGUACUGAGGACCCGGCCGCUGGAGUCUCUUCUGCUUCUGGAGACGCUGCGCGGCCACGACCGUACUUCGUACCGCUCCUUCAGCAGGUUCUUGGGCAGGCUCCUCCUCCUUGUCCUCCUCCCUCCGUAGAGUGUCCUCCGCCUGUCCAGCCGCAGUCACAGUUACCGCCUACCUCGCCUCUCCCUACUCCCUCUCCUUACACUGGUCCCACAGGAGGUCUUACAGAGCGUCGUGAGCCUGAGUCUCGUCCUGCGUCGCCUGUUCGUCCUGCUCGCACUGCUCGUCGUGUCCGUCGUGAGCGUCCUCCUCCUGUCCCAGGCACUCACUACAUGACUCUGCGUCCCUCUACUGCUCCUCAGCGUGUCCCGCUACCGUCUCCUCCUGCGUCCUCUUUGCCUGCCGUUCCGGACCCUGAGUCUGACCGGUAUCGCUCUGAUCACCCUACUGUCACGCGUCUCCUAGCUACUGUUGUCACUGACCCUACCUUUGAGUCCUCGGCUGCGUCUGCUCUGGUCGCUGAGUUGGUUGACUUUGCUGCUGCCUGUCGUCUAGACUACGCUGCUAGCCUUGUUGCUGAGUCUGAGUCUGCGUCUGUCUGUCCUCCGUCCGUCGGGGGUGAGUGUGCUCUUGGCACGGACGUCCUUGAGGACAGGCAGGAGGACUUUGACUCUCUUGCGGCUGCUGUACCUCAUCUCGUGGCCUGGUUGCUUGCCCCUGAGGGAGACCCGGAUGCACUAGACAUCCCCACUCCGCGCACUUACGCAGAGGCGAUCUCGGGUCCCUACUCCUCUCAGUGGCAGACAGCCAUGGACGCAGAGAUGGCAUCCUGGAAGUCCACAGGCACCUACGUCGACGAGGUUCCCCCUCCUGGGGCGAACAUCGUCGAUGGCAUGUGGAUUUUCAGGGUGAAGCGGCCGCCAGGUUCUCCGCCUGUCUUCAAGGCUCGUUACGUUGCUAGAGGCUUCAGUCAGCGUCAGGGGGUCGACUUCUUCCAGACCUUCUCCCCCACCCCGAAGAUGACCACUCUUCGGGUUCUGCUGCACGUUGCUGCUCAGCGUGACUACGAGCUUCACUCUCUUGACUUCAGCACAGCGUUCCUGCAGGGCAGCCUGCACGAGGAGAUCUGGCUGCGCCGCCCACCUGGCUUUACUGGGUCGUUUCCCCCUGGUACCCAGUGGAGCCUCCGCCGGCCAGUCUACGGUCUCCGCCAGGCGCCACGUGAGUGGCACGACACACUGAGGACUACACUUGCGGCUCUUGGGUUCGCGCCGUCUACUGCUGACCCGUCGCUGUUUCUGCGCACAGACACGUCGCUGCCGCCGUUCUACAUUCUCGUGUACGUCGACGACUUGGUCUUUGCUACUGCUGACACUGAGGCACUCGCUCGUGUGAAGUCGGAGCUGCAGAAGAGACACACCUGCACUGACCUGGGUGAACUGCGUAGCUACCUUGGCUUGCAGAUCACCCGGGACAGAGCUCGCCGCACCAUCACCCUGACUCAGUCACACAUGGUGCAGCAGGUCCUUCAGCGCUUCGGCUUCCAGUUCUCCUCACCUCAGGCCACACCUCUGGCUACCAGCCACUCGCUCUCAGCUCCACCUUCGGACGAGUCCGUAGAGCCGAGUGGCCCGUACCCAGAGCUUGUAGGCUGCCUCAUGUACCUGAUGACUUGCACGCGACCUGACCUCGCGUACCCUCUUAGCAUCCUUGCUCGUUACGUUGCGCCUGGGAGACACAGGCGAGAGCACUGGGAGGCUGCUAAGAGGGUGCUGCGUUACUUGUGCAGUACAUCAGGCAUGGGGCUGGUGCUUGGAGGACGCGACAGAGUUGUCCUCACUGGUCACUCGGACGCUUCUUGGGUGGACGACCUGGCUACGCAGCGGUCGUCACAGGGUUACACCUUCAGCCUUGGCUCUGGUUCUGUCUCGUGGCGGUCCACCCGCUCUUCCUCUGUUCUCGGCUCUAGUUGUGAGGCUGAGAUCUACGCCACAGCCAUGGCUGCACAGGAGUUACGCUGGCUCACCUACCUGCUAACUGACUUGGGAGAGCGGCCUAGUUCUCCUCCAGUUCUGUACGGUGACAACAAGGCGGCUCUUGCCUUGUGUCAGGAGCACAGACUGGAGCACAGGACGAAGCACAUUUCUCUUCGCUACUUUCUUGCUCGAGAGCUUCAGCAGCGCGGUCAGCUUCGGCUUGUGUACGUGGACUCGAAGGCCAACACUGCUGAUAUCUUCACCAAGGCGCUCCCGCCUAGUGAUCAUCAGCGGCACUGUACUUCUUUAGGCCUUGUGUCCACGUUUCCUCACUUGCUCACUGCUUGA